AUGUUUCUUCUUAGGGUCCGGCCUGUCCUAAGGCAGUCUGCUCUACCCAGCAUAAAUGGCCUUAUAUCAUCAUCACCGGUCUCCAGCAAUGGGUUAAUCUUGCACAGGUUCUUAAGAUCGCGCAAGCUAUUGAGCACUAACGUGGCCAAAGUGGCCAUUCGCUCGUCUAUCUUUGCCGGCUCUAGACGUCUUCUAAAUACGACUUCGGAACACAAUCUGGAGCAGAAACCUGCUAAAUCGGAAGGAUCUGAAAAGGUGAUCGACCGCAUCUUACAGAGCCGCACCAAGAGCAACCAAAUCAUAGAAGAGGAGAAAGCUUUGGCGUCGAAGAAACGGAUGAAUUUGCGUGAAAACUUCAGGACCAUACUUAGGAUUUUGAAGCUAGGCCGACCGGACAUGAGACUAUUCCUAUAUGCUUUGGCUUUUAUAUUCUUUGCAGUGCUAUAUCCAACAACUUCAGUUAAAUUAGUGGGUGCGGCUAUUGACGCUUUCAAUGAUCGAGUCACAGACGAAGAUGGCGACCUUUUAAUAUGGGGAUACAAGUAUUCUACUGUUUUUGGUGUGAUGGUUCCAUUCAUGUUUGUCAGUGCUGCGUGUUUUUGGGCCCGUAUUUGGGUCUUGAAACUCUUGGGUGAGCGUCUUGUUGCACGUCUCCGCUUACGGGUAAUGAAACAUCUCCUUAGCCAUGAUGCUGCGUUUUACGAUCAAGAAAAGCACAAAGCUGGUGAUUUGAUUUCCCGUCUUUCUAGUGAUGCUUACGUGGUGUCGAGGUCAAUCACGGGGAAUUUACCGGACGGGUUGAAAAACGUCUUGUUUGGUAUCAUAAGUGCAUACAUGAUGUUCUCUAUUAAUCCGAUUCUUUUUGGUGUCAUGAUGUUGAUUUCUCCCCCUAUUACUUUCGGGUCCGUAUGGUACGGAGAAAAAAUCAGAGCUUUAUCCACGCGAUUGCAGAAUGCCACUGCAGGGCUCACAAAGGUAAGUGAAGAAACAUUGAACUCUGUCAAACUUAUCCAAGCUUUUACGGGUGAGCAAAAGGAACUUUCUAAAUAUUCCGCUCAACUCAGAAAUGUCAUUGAUGUGGCGAAAAAAGAAGCCUUGGCCCAAUCAAAUUACUCUGUUUCCAUCUACUCUUUAUAUCAUUCUGGUUAUUUGUCAUGCAUUGCUUUGGGUGUGUAUUUGAUCAUUAAUGGUCAAAUGACGACAGGUGAUGUCGUUGCGUUUACCAUGUACUCGGAAUUAUUCAACCUGGCGCUUUACAGUCUCACGACAACUUAUAUGGAGCUCAUGAAAGGUUCUGGCGCAGGGCUGAAACUCUUUGAGUUGAUCGAUUAUGAAGACAGCGUCCCGCCCAUCAAGGGUCAAAGGGUACCACGCAACCUAUCUAACGAUAUUGAAUUUAAGGAUGUGGUGUUCAGUUAUCCUACACGCCCGAAUGAUAAGAUCUUCAACGGGUGUUCGUUCAAGAUCCCUGCUGGAUCAAGUACCUGCUUCGUCGCACCUUCUGGUUGUGGAAAAUCUACAAUCGCUACACUUCUCUUGAGGUCAUACAACAUCAACAGUGGAGAAAUUUUGAUUGGAGGCAAAAACAUCAAUGAUUUCCAGGUCCGUGAUCUUCGACGUUCUGUUAUUGGUACGGUCCAACAAGAGCCCAUUUUGUUGUCUGGUACAAUUUUGGAGAACAUCGUGUAUGGAUUGACUCUGAAACAGAUCAGCAAGUUGACUAUGGACGAUGUUAUACAAGCUGCCAAGCAAGCAAACUGUCAUGAUUUCAUCGAACUGUUUCCCGAUGGAUAUGAUACGGUAAUUGGGUCCAGAGGUGCAUCUUUAUCAGGUGGGCAGAAACAGAGAAUUGCCAUUGCUAGGGCAUUGAUAAAGAAACCGUUGAUUUUGAUUCUUGAUGAAGCAACUUCGGCACUUGACCUGAAACUGGAGAGUCUUAUUAAUGAUACAUUAAGAGACGUAACAUCUGAGGGCCAAAUGACUAUCAUUUCCAUUGCUCACAGACUCUCAACGAUCUCAAAAUCAGAGAACGUUAUAGUUUUAGGAAAGCAGGGAAAGGUUGUGGAACAGGGUGGUUUCGUUGCGUUGUUUAGCGAUCCCAACUCGGAAUUAUCUAAACUUCUCGACGAGAACACAUUCAAAGAACAGGAAGAACAUAUUAGCGAAGAUGAGGUUGACGAACAAGACAAGCGAGACCACGAGGCAGAGAUGUUUGAGAAAUUACAAAAGGAGGGUGCAGGGGUGGAAACUAUCCGCUCUAUGCUAGAUACCUUACCCUAUGAAACUAGAGCCCAGCUCAUUGAACAGAUCUCCAAAGAAUUAGAAGAUGAGAGACGGCUCACACUAAACGAGGCCAGGGCACCCAGUUCCAAAAUCGUUUCAUAA